AUGGAUGCAAGUGCAGGACCGCGACGGUUCUCCACCAGCGGUGAGGAAAGAGUUGGAUUGUUGUCUGAGGCCAUGAAGAAAAGCCAGCAGUACGGCACCCUGCCGGAUGCGAGCGAGUUGGAAAGACUCGUCAGCCCAGAUGGGACGGUCGAGUUGCACACGACGGCGGGCGCCGAGGCCAGGAUCUUGUUCAAGAGCAGCAUACCGCUAAUGCUCACGUACCUACUGCAGUACAAUUUCAGCCUUGUGACUAUCUUUGUGGUCGGGCACAUCGGAACGGAUGAGCUGGGUGCUGUGUCGCUGGCUUCAAUGACGGCGAAUAUCACGGGGUUGGCCGUGUACGAAGGACUGGCUACGAGCUUGGACACCCUAUGUGCUCAGGCGUACGGGAGUGGGAAGAAGACGCUGGUCGGUCUGCAUCUGCAGCGCAUGUGUCUCUUUAUGCUACUCGUCACGAUACCCAUUGGCGCGCUCUGGCUGACCUCAGGCUGGAUCCUCGCCGCGCUGGUCCCAGAGAAGGAGCUCGCCCACCUCGCAGGAAAGUAUCUCUCGCUCCUCCUCGCCGGCGCCCCAGGCUACGCCAUCUUCGAAGCCGGGAAGCGCUUCACACAAGCGCAAGGUCUCUUCAACGCCUCCCUCUUCGUACUCCUCAUCGCAACACCCAUCAACAUCAUGCUCAACUACGUCUUUGUCUUCGUUCUGGAUUGGAACCUGACAGGCGCGGCGCUCGCGACCGUCGUGAGCAACAAUCUCCUCCCCGUUUUGCUCUGGAUCUACGUCUACUUCAUCAACCCCUCGAGUCUAUCGUGCUGGGGCGGUUUUUCAAAAAGCGCAUUCACGAAUUGGGGACCUAUGGCUAGCCUCGCCAUCCCGGGCAUAAUCAUGGUCGAAACAGAGUGGCUUGCGUUUGAUAUUCUGACCUUCAGCUCCUCCUACCUGUCCACCGCACACCUCGCUGCACAGAGCAUAGUGAUGACCAUGGCGGUUGCAAUCUACCACGUCCCAUUCUCCGUGGGUGUCGCUGUAUCCACUCGUCUGGGGAACCUCAUUGGCGCGGGCAGCUUGACAGCGGCAAGGAUAGCGACAAAAUGCUACAUCCUUACCUUCCUCGCCAUCGGGCUGCUCGACUUCGCCUUGCUCGCGGGCUGCAAAAACAUUCUGCCGAAAGCGUUUACCACCGAUCCUGUUGUGCAGGAUAUCGUUUCCACUGUCUUACCUCUAUUAGCGGUCUUCCAGUUCUGCGACUCUACCACCGCGCUCGUCAAUGCGCUGCUCAGGGGACUCGGCAAGCAGGCAAUUGGCGGCUGGUGCAAUCUUUUUGUCUAUUAUGUUGUUGCUGUGCCGCUUGCGCUGGCGCUGUGUUUCAAGGCCGAUUGGAAAUUGUUGGGAUUGUGGACGGGGUGUGCGGUUGGGAGCAGCUGUAUCAGCAUUACGGAGGGGAUUUACAUGAAGUUUUAUAAUUGGGAGAGGGCGCUUGAGGAUGCGAGAAACAGGGAGGAAUAG